CUUCUUCCCUCGCCGAACUCUGGAGGCUUAAAGAGACAACGGCAGGCAGAAAGCCCGGCUAGCCGUUUGGGGGGGAUUGAAAAAUAAAACGAAGAGCGCCUGAAAGCGGACAUAAAGGAGUAUGCGGCAUGCAGCUGUAGAGAUACAGACGGAGAGAUAUCUCAAGAAGAUGUGCUACUUCACUGCUUGAGCCCGUCACCGCAGCCUCCAGUGUCCGACUGCAAUAUUUGGGCAUAAAGAAUGUUUGAGGCAUUUCCAAAGACUGACUUGGAGGAAGCCAUGAGGAGCCCAUGGGGACGUUUUGCCGUGGCCUCCUGGAUCCAGUAGCAGGAACUGUGUAUAUGUGUGCGUGUUGGUGACUGAGGGUGUGUGUGGGUGUGUGUGUGUGUUAGUGUUUUUGUUUGUGUGCUAAUGUGUGUGUUCUGUAUGUAUGUGUGCACAUGAUUGCACAGGCUGCCUUCUUUGGGCAGUAACGGGCUACGCUGAGGGCACCUUAACAUCAAAGGAGGAAAACCCCGAUUCUGAAGGAUUAAGCCAAGGCUUGUGCUCCGUUUUGGAUGGUAAAACGGCAGGCUUUCUGCUGCCGUAAGGACUGCAUUUGUAUAUAGACAUUUAUAUACAAAAUCUCCCUCUCUCCUCUGUCGCAUUGCCUCAGACCCCCCUCUUUCCCUGGGGCUUGUUUUGACGCCUCUCAGUUUUGAAUGGCCGGUGAGUAACCGUGGAGAGGCCAGGGUAUCACAAGCUUAUGGAUUUUGAUAAGAGAGGUGGGAAGGGAGACACAGAGGAAGGGAAGAGGAUGUCCAAAACAACCAAUAGCAGGACUGGGGGCCGGGGCACUGGGCCCAACUCUGGGGUCCUUAUGGUUGGCCCCAACUUCCGAGUAGGGAAAAAGAUCGGCUGUGGUAACUUCGGCGAGCUGCGGCUGGGGAAAAACCUCUACACCAAUGAAUAUGUGGCCAUCAAACUGGAGCCAAUUAAGUCCAGGGCGCCACAGCUUCACUUGGAGUACAGAUUUUAUAAACAGUUGGGAAACUCAGAGGGAAUUCCUCAGGUCUUUUACUUUGGGCCAUGCGGGAAAUACAAUGCCAUGGUUUUGGAGCUGCUGGGCCCCAGUCUGGAAGACCUGUUUGACCUCUGCGACCGCACCUUCUCCCUCAAGACCGUCCUCAUGAUAGCCAUACAGCUGAUAACACGGAUGGAGUACGUUCACACCAGGAGCUUGAUCUAUCGAGACGUCAAGCCAGAGAACUUCCUGGUGGGCCGGCCGGGCAGUAAGAGGCAGCACACCAUUCACAUUAUUGACUUCGGGCUUGCCAAAGAGUACAUCGACCCUGAGACCAAAAAACACAUCCCGUACCGGGAACACAAGAGCCUGACUGGCACGGCCCGCUACAUGAGCAUUAACACUCACCUGGGCAAAGAGCAAAGCAGGAGAGAUGACCUAGAAGCUCUUGGACACAUGUUCAUGUACUUUCUGCGAGGCAGUCUGCCCUGGCAGGGCCUGAAGGCGGACACGCUGAAGGAGCGCUAUCAGAAGAUUGGGGACACCAAGCGGGCGACGCCAAUCGAAGUGCUCUGCGAAAGUUUCCCAGAAGAGUUAGCGACAUAUCUGCGCUACGUCCGGAGAUUGGACUUCUUCGAAAAGCCCGACUACGACUACUUGAGGAAGCUCUUCACUGACCUCUUCGACAGAAACGGCUAUGUCUUUGAUUACGAGUAUGACUGGGUUGGCAAACCUCUUCCCACACCCAUCGGCCCCAUCCCCAGUGAUACACCCCAGCCCAGCAGCCGGGACAAAGCACAGCAGCAGACCAAAGCCCAGUCACCUGAGCCCAAACGGAGCGAGUCCCAGCCCACUCCCGUGACCAAUAAGGAGACACUGGGGUCGCAUCUCACAGCUGAUAGGCUGGGUGGCUCUGUACAGGUAAUGAGCUCGACCAAUGGAGAGCUGAACACAGAUGACCCGACAGCCGGACACUCCAAUGCUCCAAUCACAGCUGCCACCGAGGUGGAAGUGGCAGACGACACAAAGUGCUGCUGUUUCUUCAAACGGAGAAAGAGGAAAGCUCUCCAGAGACACAAGUGAAGAGCACUCACUGAAGAGAACUUGAAACAUUCUGAUCACUGUCGAGUUUUAAAUGGAAGCAAUUACACUGCUCACUCAUCCUUUCUCUUCUCUUCAAUUCUCUUCUCUUCAAUUCUCUUCUCUCCUCUUCAAUUCUGUUCGCUUCUCUUCUCUUCCGUCACUCGAAGUCCUGCACCAACGCUCCUGUUCUGUUGGAGUGAUAAAGGAAUGUUGUCGACUACACAACAGACUUUCUUCCUUUAAAAUAAGCAUAAGAAAAUGAUGUAAAGAAAAAAGCUCUCACAUAGGAGGAUGACGGAGAACUCUGUAUAAAAACAAUAAUGAUAAAUGAACACUGUGACGUGAAUUUGAAAACAAAAGAAGCUGUUUGAAACAGUUGUUGUAUUCUAGAUUCCAUGCAGAACGUUUUGUUGUUCAUGCCGUUGAUCCGAGGACGAUACGUUGAUGGAUUGGAUGAUGCGAGUUUUCCUUAGCUAUAGUUCUUAUUUGUUUCAAAUCGGAAAGGCAAGAACUGCAAAGCAAGAAGGUAAAAAGAUGUUUCAUCUCAAGCAGACAUGGAAAUUUUUUUUCUCUCUUCUUUUUGUUAUUGGUAAUGAAAUCUUUGCUUGUUUUCAGAACUGAAUACCUGGAUUGAAAACAGACCUUUACAUUUUAUGUUGUAGUGACCUGGAAUUCUUCUUCUUCUUCUUCUUCUUUUUUUUUUUUUUUUAAUUUCUCUCAUUUGUUUUUUGUUUGUUUUGUUUUGUUUUUGUUCUGUUGACAUGGGCUCUGUAGCACAGUGACUGGUCUCAGGUACUGUGGACGACGGAGAGACGAACAGAUACUAAGCUCUCUGCUUAUUAUUGCACUUUUGGGGGGCAAAAAGAAGACAAAACAAAAAAAUAAAUAAAUAAAGGCUGCCCUAGAAUAACUCCCAUGCAAACGUGAGGUAUGUACAAGGGCCGAAAUGUAAAGGCAAAAAGAAAAAAGUCCUCCUCUUUUGUUUCACAUCAGAAUUAUUUACCAGGAAAUCAUAGUUUGUGCCUUUCCAAGUAAAAUGUUUAAAGUUAAAGCAAA